AUGCUGGGCAUCACCACUGUAUCUUAUAGAUUUAACAUCAUGGGAGAGUACACUGAUAUGCUGCAGGCCAAAAGAGGAAUUUGUCAGGGUGAUCCUCUAUCACCUAUACUGUUUGUUCUCAUAAUAGAGUAUAUGAACAGAUUGUUGAUGAAAAUGCAAAGAGAUCCUAAUUUUAACUUCCAUGCCAAAUGCGAAAAGUUGAAAAUCACCGACCUUACCUUUGCUGAUGAUGUUCUAUUAUUCUGCAGGGGUGAUGAGAUCUCUUUACAUAUGAUUCUUCAUACUUUUAGGGCUUUCUCCAUGUCCACGGGUUUAAUUAUGAAUCUUAACAAAUGUAGGAUUUUUUUUGGAGGUCUAGACAAAGAAAAGAGAAAGGUUCUGCAAGAGAUGUCUGGUUUCCAAGAAGGUACAUUUCCUUUCCGAUAUCUCGAUAUACCGCUGGUUGGCAGGAAGCUCAACAUCACUCACUUUAUGCCCUUGGUGGAUAGAAUUGUGGCUAGAAUUCACCAUUGGUCUUCUAAGCUUCUAAGUUAUGCCGGCAGAAUCCAAUUGGUGAAAAGUAUAACAAUGACAAUGGUUCAGUACUGGCUGCACUGUCUUCCUAUGCCCAAAACAGUGAUAAAAAAGAUUGACUCCAUUUGUCGCAGUUUCAUCUGGACCGGCAAAAAUACAGUGAGCAGAAAGUGUCAUGUGGCUUGGAAACGCAUGAGCUGUCCUACUGCUCAAGGUGGGUUAAACCUGAUAAAUUUGCAGAUUUGGAACAAUGUCCUGCUCUUAAAAUGCUUAUGGAAUCUGUGCAAUAAAUCUGAUACCUUGUGGGUGAAAUGGAUCCAUAUUCAUUACUUUAAAGACAAGCAGAUCAUGAAUUAUGAAAUCAAAACUCAAAAUUCCUGGAUCAUGCGCAGCAUAUUGAAACAAAGGGAUACCAUGGAUCUAAUUAGGAACGAGUGGGAUCAACUUCUGAUUUCACACAGGUUUAAGGCGUCGGUUUUCUACAAGGUUCUGAUCGAUGACGACACAAGAGUGCCUUUGAAAAACUUAAUUAGAUCCAAUAAGAGCCGACAAUGA